CUUGGCCUCUCUCCUUCUCGUGCGAUCAAACCCUAGAUAGGACCCGCCAUUGCUCACUGGUUGGGACUAGAUCGAAGCUCCUAUUCACUACUCAAACUUCUCUCUCACUCCUUCUCCACCACUCUCUCUCUCUAAUUUCAGGCAUUACUUAAUCUCCGGAGGUCAUGGAUUCUGCUGGACGAGUAGUACCUGCUCCUGUUGUUGACCCACUCGCUGUUGGGAGAGCAUUUGUCAUGCAGUACUACGAGAUUUUGUACAACAUGCCUGAGCAUCUGUUCCGAUUCUAUCAAGAGAUCAGUAAGAUUGGGCGUGUUAAUCAAGAUGGAGUAAUGCGCGACUUCUCCACAUUACAAGGUAUACGUGAGGAGCUUAAGACACUGUCUUGUGGAGAUUUCAAAUCGGCUGAGAUAACCAGUUAUGAUACCCAAGAGUCUUACAAUGGAGGGUUUCUUCUUGUGGUCACUGGCUUCUUCACUCUAAACGAGAGGCUUAAAAAGAAUUUCACCCAAACUUUUUUUCUUGCUCCGCAAGAAAAUGGGUACUUUGUUCUUAAUGACAUCCUCAGAUUUGCCAAUGAACCCGAGGCCAUAGAUGGGGAAGACUCUGAUAGGAUCAGUCCUAUUACUGCUUCUGUAGGCAUUCAGGGUUCUGAGCAAGUUGCAUGUGUUCCAGUGAAUGAUGUUUGUGAGGAGAAUGUUUUGGUACCUGAGGUCGUCAACGAAGAAGUUUCAGAUCUUGAGUUAACUUGCAAAGAAGUUGUUGGUGAUUCACUAAAAUUUCCUGACCCAGAUUAUGGACCCAAGAAAUCGUAUGCCUCUGUGGUUGCGAAGGAUAAAUCUGGAGUUACAGCUAGCUCUUCACUGUCCCCAAAGCAGAUCCCCAAAGAACAAGAACAUCAAGCGUCUUCAGAUCCUUCUCCAGAGCAGAUACUCAAAGACCAAGAUCAUCAAGCGUCUUCAGAUCCUUCUCCAGUGAUAGAAUCUGAUGCAGUUCCUGAGGUUGUCGAUGCUACUGAAAAUGGACACAAUCAGGGGUUUGAAGCGGUAGCUGAAGGUACAUCUAUUCAUGUGAAACAUCUUCCCACAAAUGCCACCAUUGACAUACUUGAGAAUGCAUUCAAGCAAUUUGGAGCUAUUAGCAAUGGUGGGAUUCAAGUUGUACACCAAAGGGGCCUUGGUUAUCCUUAUGGUUUUGUUGAGUUUAAAGAGGCAGACGCCGCCCAGAAAGCAAUAGAGGCUUCACCUCUGAGGAUCUGUGGACAGAAAGCAUUCGUGGAGGAGAAGCGAUCUACAGCAAGAGGUAACAACAGAGGAAGUGGAAAUGGAUACGGUAACAGAAACGUGGGAGGAGGUGGAAACGAAUACGGUAAUAGAAACGUGGGAGGAAAGGGAGGAGGAAGUUAUGGAUAUGGCAACAAUUACAGGAGAGGAGGAGGAGGAGGAGGAAGGUCUUUUAACCGUAGAGGCAAUGAAUAUGUCGCAAGCUUCAACAACUCUUACUAAACCGGGUUCGGCUUUUGUGGUGAAGUUGGUAAAAAUCGGAUAAUCUAAUGAUAAUUGAUUUUUUGGGACGGAGACCAGACAUCUCUCGUUGACAUUGAUAGUUUAUUAUAUAUUUCUCAGAUAUAUUAAUGUAAGACAAGUUUAUAAUUCGACGAUCUAUUGGAAAUUAUGUGGA